AUGCUGAGUACAGAUGCAGAUCAAUGUGAGACAAAGAAUCAAUCUGGUGCUACAAAUAGAGCAGCCGCUGCAUUAGAAGAGGGCACCGAAGGAGAUAUGGUCUGCAAGAUCUGCUAUUCAUUGACUAAUCCAGUCAAUAUGAAGGACGACCUGAUAUCACCAUGCGACUGUAGGGGCAGCAUAGGGCUUGUUCAUGAAAUGUGCCUGAAGAUGUGGAGAUAUCGUGGGAAGAGAGUAAAAAAUAUAAGGACAUGCGAGCAAUGCUGCUCGUUGUAUAGAAUGGAUGGCGAAGUGAUGCCUCGUGCAUCAGCUGUGUUUUUUAUUGCUCUGAGUUUGUUUAUUGCUUCGUAUUUUAUAUCCACUGUUGUGCUAAGGUCGUUUAUGAACACAGCGAUUAUAACGAUACGCGAGUUAUUCUACAUGGAUAGGCAUGGGCUCGGCAAUCAAGUUAGAAAGAAUCUUGAAGAUGCGUUUUCCCAAAGGCAGCCGACUGUGCACGAUCUUGCCGGUGAAAGAACACUGAUGUAUAUUUUUGUCGUUGUUGUUGUCUACCAGAUAGCAUCGCGAACGAGCUUUCUGUCGAUAUUCAACUAUAUGUUUACGUUUUGGAGGCUGAGCCAGUUUAGCUUUGUAAUUGACAGGAUCUUGUUCUUUGCUGUAUCGGGAUACUACAUAAAGAAAGUAUACAACGAGAUUUACCAUAGAAUAGAUACCUGGCUGUUUUUCUUGCUGAAUGCCAGGUGA